AAUCAAUCUAAGUAUGUAAUCACAAACCCUAUUGAAAUACAAUGUUGGUACUUACUAUAUUAUUUUUAUAUGGAGGAAGUGCUUUAGCAGUAUCGAAGUUACCAGAUAAAAUAUUAUACGAUGUGAACCAAGCCGAAACGUUGUUUGAUCAAUUUAUGCAGACAUAUGACAAGCAGUAUACAAGUAAAGAGGAGAAGCAAAAGAAACUAAACGUCUUUAAAGAAAAUCUGCAAAUUAUUAACGAGAAAAAUGCAGAGCAAUCUCUUGCUGUUUUUGGGAUCACACAGUUUAUCGAUUUAACUGCAGAAGAAUUCAGACAGUUUGCAACGUGCUUAAAUACUACAAUAAAUGACAAAAAAUGUAAACAAUAUCAGUACACCGAUUUACCAACUGCGCCCGAUUCGUUUGAUUGGAGAGAGAAAAACGUGGUGACAAGAGUAAAAAGCCAAGGUGGAUGUGGGUCUUGCUGGGCGUUUAGUGCAAUUGGGAAUGUAGAAAGUGUCUAUGCCAUCAAACAUAAGAAACAGAUCGAACUAUCUGAACAACAGCUGGUCGACUGUGACCAAACUAAUAAAGGAUGCGACGGUGGAAUUAUGUCGAGAGCUAUCCAGUAUCUUGAAAAAGCAGGUGCAAUGUUGGAAAGGGAUUAUCAAUAUGUGGGCAAACAACAGAGAUGCCAAUAUAAUGGACAGCAUGUGAAAGUGAAAGUAUCCGAUUGCAGGGAGUAUACAGAAUCUUUCGAAUCAGAAGAUGACCUGAGGAAUAUAUUGGCUAACACCGCACCACUUUCUAUUGGCUUAGAUGCAUCUGAUAUUCAACAUUACACGGGCGGAAUACUUACAUGUAAAACAACUCAACCCAACCACGGUGUACUUUUAGUUGGCUACGGUGUAGAAAAGGAUAAACCGUUUUGGACCUUCAAAAACUCUUGGGGCCCAAAUCACGGCGAAGAAGGAUAUUUCAGGCUACUUCGGGGCGUAAACUCUUGUGGUAUGUUAAAGCAUCAAAUCGUCUCCUCUGUAGUGGAGUAAUGUAAAAAUCACUUGACAUGCACUUUCAUAUUUAAAAUUAAUGGUGUUGGUUUAUUUGUCACGCUAAUAACGUAUGUACUUUGUUUUGAAAUUUAUUUACAUCUAAAUAUUGUAAAAAAGA